AUGCUCACUCACUCGCAGGCCGCAAGGAUGACCAAGGGGACGUCAUUUUUCGUCUACCUACACGUAAUGAAGACCUGCAGAAAGCCAAAGAAGAACACUCGUCUCCAUCUGUGAUGCGUCUUCUGUCAGGUUUCAGCUUCUGCGAUGGUCUGGCUGCUUCUCGCUGCCGCUGCCGCUUCUCCCCUCCGCGAACCUGUCCUUAUUGUCGGCGGUGGCCCAGCGGGCCUGUCCACAGCCAUCCUGCUGGCCAAGCGGGGCUACUCAGACAUCACAGUCGUCGAGAAGAGCCCAUGGCGUGAGUACUUUGCGGCAAGUGAUCCUUCCAGCCACACCGUCAGCCUGACUGAGCGAGGACAGCUCGUUCUUCGGACACUCGAUUGGGAUCUUGCGGAGGCCGUCCGCGCGCACAGCCUCAUCAACGCCAUGAGCAACGUCACGCAUGUCGGUGCGGAUGGAUUGUGCGAGCAGAUUGCAGAGAAGGCCGCAAUGGUGGACUCGGUGGCUCUUCUGUCCUCUGGCAAGCUCGAAAAGCGGCAUCGAGGCUCAUCGUCGUCGAAGGAGCUCCCCAAGGAAGCGUGGCAAAUCCCUCGCCACACACUGGUGCGCCUGCUUUCCCGGCAUCUGAUGCGCAGCUAUCCAGGCCAAGUGCGGCUGUUGACUGGUCGGGAGGUGGUUGACGUGGUGCCUGGCACUGCAUCCGAGCCGCAUGUGGGCGUGCUGAUGCGGCAGAGGAGGGGCAGGAGCGUGUAUCGCGAGUCGACGUGUAAGGCCCAUUUGGUGAUCGGCGCGGAUGGACGGAAAUCGCAGGUGACACACAGGACGGACCGAUGCACUCACUGCACGUGAAGCCCUCUAAUGUAUGGUGCACCCGCACGUGCAUGCAGGUGAGUCAGGUGUUGGCCAAGCUCAAUCCUGAACGGUUCAGCAAGAUCCGCCCCACUCUUGCCCGCCCGGCAGGAAGGAACCCAUCAGAAGACACCCCUGUCUGCAAGACCAUCAGUCUCCCAGCCGAGCUCGACCUGCAGACGGCUGCAGGGCCACAGAGGCUCGCCGCAGACACUUUCGCGACGCUUCAGUCGCCCGAGGAGCGUGUGCAUGCGGUCAUCUACGCAGCACCUAGGGCCGGCGCCCGCCAUCGGUCUGCCGUGAUCGUUGCGCCAGCCGAGCAUCGGCUGAUGGAGGAGAGAGACCCACGGCGAGUGGCCGAUGCGUUGGCGGAUGCAUUCCCCCAGCUGCGGGGCGUCGUGUGGUCUGCGAGGGAGGUCGUUCGCUAUGCGCGGCGGCGGGCAGUGGAUGUUGAUGGAUGUCACUACAUGAGCCACUGCUGGUGCAGCUGGAGGGGCAAGGAGAGCGGCGACAGCCGGGGGUAUGUGGCCAUUCUGGGCGAGGCGACGAGGGGAUUGCACUAUCUGUCCACACACGGGCUCGACGCCGCACUGUACGCAUGAAUCAAUGACAACGCGUAUGUCCGUCACUUCGGUGUGUGUGUGGGUGUGUGGGUGUGUGGGUGUGUGGGUGUGUGGGUGUGUGUUUGUGUGUGUUUGCAGUGAGGAUGUGCUGUACCUGGACGCCGUCCUGCAGGCGAGCAACCACAGCCUCUCGCGAGCCCUACCAGCCUUCUCCAAGGCGAGAGUCCGCCAGAUGCGCGCACUCACCUCACUCGCCGCCAUGCAUCCCCAUCUGCCCUUCCCAUUGGGCCCAACCCAGCCAUCCCUUGUGUCAGCAGUCGAUUUCGCGGUGCGGUGGCACCUUUCGCGGUGGAUGCCGUUCAGCUCCUUGAUCCACCCGCCCGUUCCAUGCCUACUGGCGAGAGCUGAUCUGACGUAUGAGCAGGUGUGGCGUCGCGCGUGCCGGACGAGUGGCCUGCUGGGUUUUGCGGCGUGGAUGGCCGAGUUUUCGCUGGCUGUGGGUGUGUUGUGGCUGGCGACAGGCGGUGUGCCGGCCGUGGAGGUCGAGUGGACGGGAGAGAGGGGAUAGAUAGGCAUGCAGCCUAGCCAUGAGGAUGGGAACGAUGGGCCGGUGGGAUUGAUGAGUGGUGAGUGAGUGUGGAUGGAUGAUUCACAUACUGCACUUGAUUGGUUGUUUGAUUAUAUAUUCGCGUCGGUUCGUUCAUUUAUGAAUUGUGUUGACUGACUGCAUCACGUGUGAGUGACUUCAGGAGCGAAACGCAUGGAUUCAAUCAGGC